AUGCAGGAGACUGAUGGCUCCAACACCGACUGGAAUUGGUACUCUUUAGACUGUUUCUGCGAUCUGCCUGAGCUGCCUACGAGUUUGGCAGUGGCCACUACUACCGCGGAAACAACAGAUACUACAUACCUGGCUUUUGACAUAGCAACUAUAUAUACAACAGAGAACACAGGUCUCACUACCAAUACUGCCACUACUGAAGUUGAGACAUCUUCUACAGUACUCACAACAUCUUCGGCUAAACUUGCUACAAGCACUGAAACGACCGCCGCUUUUGGCUGUCCCGGAGAUCCCCAUCUAAAUCCUCCUGUGGCGUUUUCCAAGAGUACACCGGAGGCGGAAACUAAAUUAAGGAUAUAA